CCCUGCUCCAGCUGCCCCUGCCUCUAGCUGCCCCUGCCCCUGCCCCUUUAGUUCCUGCCCCUGCAGCCCCUGUCCCACCUGCCCCUGCUCCUGCAGCUCCUGCUGCACCAGCCCCUAUCCCUAAAAUGGCUGCCCCUGCCCCAGCUGUCCCUGCCCCUGUCCCUGCUGGUCCUGCUCCACUAGUGGCUCCUACUCCUGUUGUCCCUGCCGCACCAGCCCCUGCCGCUAUCAUGGUUGCCCCUACCCCAGUUGCUUCUGCUCCAGCUGCCCCUGCCCUAACAAUGGGUGGCCCUGCUCCAGCAGCGGCCACUGCUGCAGCUGCCUCUUCAGGUGAGGUGUUCUCCCCCGCUGCCUCCAUGUCCUCGGGGCCACAGCCCGCUCGUGCUGCUGGUCCAGUCCAUACAUCCAAGGCUGCCGCGCCCCUUGUGUCCCGCCAAGACUCACCACGAGAUGAUGACGACGACGACGACGAUGACACCAUACCCACACCAUCCACAGUGUUGGUGCCCCCUCAUGCUGCUCUCCGCAAACAGGCCGCCUCUCCCUCCCUCGCCUCCACUGAUUCCAAUGAGAGGCUCGUGCCAUCUGCUCCUGCUGCUUCUGGUCGUCCCCUGGCACUGGCUGGCCCUGCCCCUACAAUGGCCGCUCCUGCCCCUGCCGCACCAGCACCCCCUACCCCUAAAAUGGCUGUCCCUGCUCCGCCAGCUCCUGCUCUUCUGGCAGCCCCUGCACCUAGAAUGACUGUUCCUGCCCCUGUUGUCCCUACCCCAGCUGCCCCUGCCCCUGCUGCUCUUGCCCCUGCCCCACCAGCAGCCCCUGGUCCUAGAAUGGCUGCCCCUGCCCCUGCCGCUCCAGCCCCUGCCCCUGCUGCUCCUGCCCCUGCCCCACCAGCAGCCCCUGGUCCUAGAAUGGCUGCCCCUGCCCCUGCCGCUCCAGCCCCUGCCCCACCAGCAGCCCCUGCCCCUGCUGCUCCUGCCCCUGCCCCACCAGCAGCCCCUGGUCCUAGAAUGGCUGCCCCUGCCCCUGCCGCUCCAGCCCCUGCCCACCAGCAGCCCCUGCCCCUGCUGCUCCUGCCCCUGCCCCACCAGCAGCCCCUGGUCCUAGAAUGGCUGCCCCUGCCCCUGCCGCUCCAGCCCCUGCCCCACCAGCAGCCCCUGCCCCUGCUGCUCCUGCCCCUGCCCCACCAGCAGCCCCUGGUCCUAGAAUGGCUGCCCCUGCCCCUGCAGCCCCAGCCCCUGCCCCACCAGCAGCCCCUGGUCCUAGAAUGGCUGCCCCUGUCCCUGCCGCUCCAGCUCCUGCCCCACCAGCAGCCCCUGCUUUUAGAAUGGCUGCCCCUGCCCCUGCCGCUCCAGCCCCUGCCCCACCAGCAGCCCCUGCUCUGCCCCACCUGCCCCUGCUCCUAUCCAUAGAAUGACUGCCCCUGCCCCGCCAGCAGUUCCUGCACCAUCAACACUCCUUGUCGUUGCAGCUCCCCCAGUUCCCGCUUUCCCUGCAGUGAUGGCCCCCGCCGCCCCACUGAGCAAAUCUUCCGGUGAAAAGGUGUUGUCCUCAGCCUCCCUGCCUUCCGUGAAGCCACUGAAGGACCAGGUAAUGAUGCUGUCCUCGCUGGCAAUGGUGCAACACCCUGCUGCCAAAAUGAAUGAUGAUGACGACGACGAUGACGACGACAAGCGCUCAAAGGCAAGGAUGCACGGUAGCAGGCUUGCCAUCAAGACACCCCUCAAAGACUGCAAAGGCAAGUGUAUGUUCAUGACCAGCGACGGCUCCUGCUACCAAGACUACCUGUGUGCGUCCAAGAUGCUGUAAACACACACACACACACACACACACACACACACACACACACACACACACAAGUUAUGGGCAUUUUAAAGUAUAGCCACACACGCUUUAUAUCCUUAGAUUAAUCAGCCAAACUACAAACUAAGAAUAAUAUCAGGUUCUACUAAGAAAUAAUUUCAUAGUUAAUGAGCAAAUGAAUGCGUAAGUAGUCUAGGAGACAGACAGAAGACGGAAGUGGUUUGUUCGUCAGCUCAGCCCGUCCAUCGCAGCAAAACUACACUGUCAGAACAAUAAUCAUGUUGUCACUAACGUUCAUUGUAGACCAGGUUGUCGCUACCAUUCAUUGUAGCAUCAUGAUUAAGCUACACCAGUUGUUGAAGCAGCAAACCUAUGAUAUCAAUACCAUUCAUUGUAACGUAAUUAGGCUACCAAUACUAUUUACUGCAGCGCGCCAAAACACUCGGCUAUCAACAUUCAUCAUAACAUCAUAACUCCAAUACUAUUCGCAGUAGCAUCGUAAAUAGCGUUCAAAUAGCUCCAAAAACUGAUCAGGCUACCCAUACAAACAUCACACUACAUUUCAAGAUUCACAAACCCACUUACUGAUGUUUAUUACCCUUUCUGCAUAGACCACAACAGCACACCAAAGCCUGCAUGUUCACAUCACAUCACCACAUCACACCAACUCUCAUCUCCGUACUUGCUGCAUCAAGUUUGUUAGGACAGCGCCCACUGGUGUAUUCCCUUUCACUGUAUACCCGUGCAGUGCUUGUCAAUGACAGCUCUAUUCUUAGUAGCAAGGAGCAGGGAACUGUUUUAAAAGAUCUUAUUUAUCUAUUUAUCUCAUCAGGACUGUUUUUCAGGGGUUAGAUAAAUUCGUCGAGUUUUCAUGGAUCUUUUUUUAUUGGUUAAUUAACUCUGCUAUCGGUAUUGCUGUAAAUCUCACUAGUUUACUCUGUACUUUGUUUUAUUCUCUAGAAUCUAGAUAAUGUGCGCAGUAUAGUAUUCAUUAUUUUGUUAUAUAUGAAGUGUUACCAGAUUCAUGACAAAGCAAUAAUGAAACACUUUCAAAACUAUUAUAUUUGUGUAUUUGAUUAAUAAUGAUGAACAAAACUUUCAUAUUUACCCCGAUUCAAGAUAAUUCAUCACGGUUCCUUGACUCAAAGCUCCCUGCUGUACGAAUACUUGAAGCAGCUCUCUCAUUCCUUGUUAUGUCAUGAUUAUGUUUAGGCUACAUACCUUGUUAUAUUAUAAACAUGAAUAAAGUAUUUACUAUU